AUGGCAAGCGGCUGGAGCCUCAUCAUCGGCCUCGUUAUCAUCGUGGGUGCCUCGCUUGCGGCAUGGUUCCUUAGCCCGAAGGGCGAUAACCAGACACUCUGGCGCAGCACGCUGAUCCUCUCCUUCGUAUCUUGCUAUCUGAUGUGGGCAAUUGUAUUCCUCGCGCAGUGGCAUCCCCUCAUCGCGCCCAAGAGAUCCGACAUGCGGCCCGAGCGUGUACCGGAGUAA